UAUUUAAAUUGUAAAAGGUAAACGGAGAGUUUAGUCAACAUAGGUAGAGUCUUCACUGAAGAAGUUAUUUUAUGUUACCGUAAGCAGUGAUUGAACUACAACAGAGACGAGUCGAGUGGCAUAGGUUUGAUUAAAACGAAAUAUGGAUUGCAAGAUACAGAAGAAACGAGAAAAUCGCGACAUUCUCAAGAAUUCGCCCAGCUUGAAAAUUGUGCGAAAGCUGUGCAAUCGUGGAGUGGUUAGCGUAGAUUUCAAGCGUCACUUCAAACAGCAGUUUGGCGCUCUCAAAGCAGCCGUACACAGGGAAUCAGUACCUGCAGUGGAUGACGAAGACUAUUGGUUAGAAAUACGUAACCAGUUUGCUUAUGAUGAGAAUGAUCAAAAUGACGCGAUUCCUAUUAAUGCUGCAAAUUUUGCACCAACUUUUCAUCCUGUCCAAUUGUUGAUGAACGAAUUUAAUCUGGAAUUAAAUAAGAAUAUCUCCAUACAAAACCGACUGGAUAAUUUAGCAAUGAUAAUUGAUGAAGCUCAUCAAGUCAUUGCAGCGCAACUGGGUGUAGCAAGAACAGAGGUCGCCUUCAUGCGUAAUGGAACUGAAGCAAAUAACAACGUAAACAAUGGCCAGCUCUUACAACCAACUGAUGAGGUCGUUCUGUGGGCACAAAACCACCCAACAAAUCAUCAGGCAUGGUACAUACGUCAAGCUCAAACACCGUUUGUAAUUCACGACAUACCUGCCAAUCUAAAUGGUGCCAUUACCGACGAAGAGAUUGUUGCGCAAUUUGUCAAUGAAGUUAACGAAAACACCAAAUUUCUUACAUUCUCUCACCUGUCAAAUGUCAGUGGUCUCUUGCUACCUGCAGAACAAAUAUGCAGGGCUGUUCAUAGCGUCAACCCCGAUUGUCACGUGCAUGUUGACGGUGCAAUGACCUGGGGAUGCAUGAAUUUGAAUUUGGCACAAAUGGACUGUGACAGUUACUCAGCCUCUGCUCACAAGUGGUUUCUUGGACCCAAGGAAACAGGGUUGUUCUACAUGAAAUUAAGUCGCAUCCCAAACUUUACUCCUAACACGUUUGGGUACGAUCCAAUGAUCGUCGUCCCUGAAGAGCUUUACACUGACGCGCGAAGAUUUGAGCUUCUUGGUCAGCGUGCCGAUCCUAGCUUAAUGUGCUUAUUAUGCACAGCCGAGAUAAUGGAGGACAUUGGUUUCCAGAGCAUCGAAGACAGAGUUCGCUACCUUGGUACUAUUGUCUUUGACGGCUUUUCAGGCUUUGAUUUCCCCAUGACAACACCAUCUGACGUAAACCAAAGGCUUGGCGUUGUUAUUGGUGGCGUAGAUCCAGACUGGGGUGCAAACCUGUACAACUAUCUUUAUGAUACCCACAGAAUUGCUGUUGCCAGUACAAGCGGUAUACGUGCUUCACCACACAUUUGCAAUAUACCAGAUCAGCUUCAAUCAAUGCUAGAUGCAAUUGAGGAGUACAUUGGACUAUAUCCACCACCUCCACCACCGGAAACAGUGAUUUAUAGUAAAUGGUAAACAAAUACAAACCAAAUUAGUAGAUGAAAUUAUGUUUGCUCAAUGAUUUUGGGAUUAAAGUUAACGAUAUAUUAAGUAGUCAUGGUAACAAUGUGAAAAAUUGUUAAAUAAUGGUAAAAAUAUUCUGUUAGUGGUUUGCAAAUUCAAGAAAACAAUAUUACUUUCAAUAAAAAUGGCAUCACAAACUUUA